UGUUUUUUUCGUUUUUACCAGGGCUUUGGCUUUUCUUAGAUGUGCAUGUGGAACAGCUUGAGGUUUUGUACCUGAGUUCAGCAGGUGAUGGAACUGCAGAGACCUGACAUUGAAUCAGUUGGAAACGAAAGCUUGGAGAACUGGCAGUUAAUUGACUCUGGUGGAUUUGGUCAAGUCUUCAAGGCUAGACACAAGAAGCGGAGGUGUGGCGUGGCCAUUAAGCUACUUCAACAUGCUGCUGGGGACAUAGAACUGUGUGAGGAGGCAAAUCAUAUGGCCAAAGUCUCCUUACACAGUUCUGUGCUGAGGCUUUAUGGAAUAUAUAGGGGAUGUCCACCAAAUGGAGGGCAGAACAUUCAGUUGGGAAUUGUUAUGGAGCUCAUGGAUAGAGGAUCUGUUCAGACCCUGCUGGAGACUUUGUCAGGUCCACCACCAUGGCCUCUGGCCUUCCGCUUGGCCUACGAAAUCGCUCAAGGAAUGAACUUCCUCCAUGAGAAGAACAUUUUGCACCAUGACCUAAAGCCAAGCAAUGUACUGCUGGAUGGUGACCUUCAUGCCAAACUGGCAGAUUUUGGUCUGUCCAGGGUUUCCACCAGUGUUCUGAUGAGCUCUGAAGAAAUGUCCACAGUGAAAGGAGGCACAUGUCAGUACAUGCCUCCAGAGUCUUUUGAUCCAUCAUAUAAGCCUGUUCGUAAAUUCGACAUAUACAGCUAUGGUAUUCUUCUGUGGUCUAUUAUUUGCGGGAAAAAGCCUUUUCCAGAAAACUUGGGUCACCACGCCAUCCGCCAGGGGAGUAUUGACAAUACCCAUCACAGGAGUGUGUGA